AUGGCUGAAUUUGCUUUCUUCCUUUUCAUAUUAUUAUCUCUUUCUUUCAACACCUUUUUUAGCCAAGCUUACUGUUCACUUUCGGACACAAAACCAGUAGUUUUACCGAUACGCCAAGAUGCUGCUACUAAACUUCUAGUAGCCAACAUUUUAGUAAGAACACCCCUAAAACCCGUGAGCUUUGUAGUGGACCUCAAUACCCGCCAUGUUUGGGCUAAUUGCGAAACCAACUACGAUUCAUCGACCUUUAGUCAGCCCAAGUGUGAUUCUGUCCAAUGCAAAAUAGCUGGCACAAGCUAUUGCUUUACUAGUUGCCAAGGGGCUAGACCAUUUUGUCACACUGACACAUGUGGGUACUUAUUAGAAAAUCCGGUAUCUCACCAAAGUACAAUUGGCGAGCUAGCCCAAGAUGUCAUUGCUCUUAGUUCAACUGAUGGGAAAAACCCCGGCCCAUUGGUUCGUAUACCCGACUACCUCUUCACCUGUGCCCCAUCCGAUUUGGUUGAAUUGCGGUUACCCAAAGGUGUACAAGGUGUAGCGGGGCUGGCCCACGCACCGAUUGCCUUACAAAAUGUGCUUGCAUCUAAACUUGGGCUUAAGCGCAUUUUUACUAUGUGCAUCCCAUCAAGCACUUCUGCUGAUGGGGUCAUUAUAUUUGGGUCAGAUGGGCCUUAUAGUUUCUUUCCCGGUAUCGCCGUAUCAAAGAGUCUCAAAUACACACCGUUAACCAUAAGCCCAUUCGAUGAAUACUAUAUAAAUGUUAAGUCCAUUAAAAUCAACGAAAAGCCCAUUCCCGGCCUAAACACCACUUUGCUAUCGGUUAAGGAUACGGGUUCGGGUGGUGGAACCACAUUUAACACCUUGUUACCUUACACUAUCCUAGAAGGGUCCACUUUCAAGGCUAUUACUUCAUAUUUUGCUAAGCAACUCUCUAAGAUACCAAAAGUAAAGCCCAUAGCACCAUUUGGGCUUUGCUACGAGUCCAAACAUUUCUCUUCAACGCGAUUAGGCCCUGGAGUUCCUAGCAUCGAUAUCGAGCUUGAGGGUAAGGAUACAAUUUGGUCCAUUUUUGGGCUGAAUUCUAUGGUUGAGGCCCAAUCUGGAGUGUUAUGCCUAGCAUUUGUAAAUGGUGGGAUAGAAUAUAGAGCUAAUAUCAACAUUGGGCUUUACCAAAUGCAUGAUAUUCCACUUAAAUUUGAUCUGGAUAAGUCAGUUUUGGGCUUUGGCGGCCCACUUAGCGGACAAGGGACCCACUGCUCAAACUUCAAUUUCAUUAGUGAUGUUUAG